UGCGCGUGAGAGUGCGCAUGAGAGAGCGCGUGAGAGAGCGCGUGAGUGUGCGCGUGAGAGAGCGCGUGAGUGUGCGCGUGAAGGGGCGCGUGAAAGUGCGCGUGAGUGUGCGCAUGAGUGUGCGCGUGAGAGAGCGCGUGAGUGUGUGCCUGAGAGAGCGCGUGAGUGUGCUCGUGAGUGAGUGCGUGAGAGAGCACGUGCGUAUGCGCGUGAGUGAGUGCGUGAGAGUGCGAGUGAGAGUGCGCGUGAGAGAGCGCGUGAGAGAGCGCGUGAGAGAGGGCGUGAGAGAGCGCGUGAAGGGGCGCGUGAGUGUGCCCGUGAGUAUGCGCGUGAGUGUGCACAUGAGUGUGCACGUGAGAGAGCACGUGAGUGUGCGCAUGAGUGUGCGCGUGAGGGAGCGCGUGAGUGUGCGCGUGAGAGAGCGCGUGAGAGUGCACGUGAGAGUGCGCGUGCGAGAGCGCGUGCGAGAGCGCGUGCGAGAGCGCGCGAGAGAGUGA